CUUUCAAAGGCAAGUCAGUUCACUCGGCGGCCAUCUUCGGAACUCUAACGGCCAGCUCUUUUCUGUGUAUUCAAGCGACAUAAAUGUGCACCUCCUUUCUACUUGAAUGAAGAAAGACCGAAAUCUCCAAAACAGUAGGCCAGGAUUCCAACCAAAAAACACAUUUCAAAUCAGCAGUAAAAUCUGACAACAAUUGUCUCAUAAAUUUAACUUUAGCUCAGAACACGGUAAUAAAAAGCGCAUGCGUGUUCUCGAGCUGCGUGGUCUCUGCUAAACUGUCUCUGCUAUUACAACAUUACCUCGUUACCGUGAAAGAAACAAUAAAAACAAAUAUAUAUUUUUAGGCAUACUCUUUCUAAAAUAAGAGUAAUAGAUGCGGGAUAUUUAAUAUAUAUCUUAUUUUAUUAGUAAUUAUUAAAAUGAGACUCUUAUUUUGACGUAUACGAGAAACAUCGGUUUACAGUUCCGGAACGCGCUUCCUGGUUUUCAGUUUAAACUUCAAAUUAAUCUGCGCGACGCGAAAAUGGUCAUUUAAAUGAUUACUAACGGAUAUAAACGCGAAUAUUGAAAUAUAUCAGGCUAUAUACUUAUAUAAAUGCGAUUAUUUUCAAAAGCAAAUGCUCAUAUUAUGAUAUAACUGUGCUUGUUUACAAGUACGGUAUAGAUAAUGUUAAUAUUAAAGUGAGUUUUGUGGUUUUUAUCCAGUCUAAUUUCUUCCGAUGCUUUAAUUUAUUAUAAGAAUAUAUUUCUUGCCUAUUUCGGCUCUUUCUGUUUGUUAUGAUCUUCAUUUAAAGUUGUGAGACAUCAUCCGCGUCACUGAAAAGGGUGUGGCCUAUAGUUUGAGGUUUAUAAACAGUGGAGUAGCCGUAAACUUUAGUAAGUGUCAUAUGGCUUCUCUGGUGGAUUAUGAGGAUUCUGACAGUGAUGAAGCUCCUCGGCCUCUUCUGGACCUGUGUAAAGAUCAGCACUUCAUGACGAACUCCUCCUCGUGUUCUUCAUCAUCACUCUCGCGUGUGUCAGUAACACAGUCUUUAGCUGGUUCAUCAUGUCUGAAGAGAGUUCAGCCGAACCGAGCUGCAGUCAGGCCGUAUGUUGCUAAGAGACCGCGUGUGUCCGCAGCCGAACCCGAAGCAGUAGCAGCAGAACCGGACUACUCACGGGCCGCGGGCUCUCAUCAGUUGCUGUUUCAGGAGUCACACUCAAUCCGCCCGUUUGUGGGACGGAAUCACGGGCGCUCGGAGCUGCCGCGGCGGGUUCGCUGGUCUGUUCGGGCUCAUGAGGGUCCAGUGAACACUCUGCAGUGGAGUCCAGUGGAACAUCUCAGUCAUCUGCUGCUGUCAGCAUCCAUGGACCGAACCUGCAAGGUGUGGGAUGGUAUUGACAGUGGGCGGUGCUUACAGACAUACUCCGCCCAUGGAGGUGCCGUCCGUGAUGCCUGUUGGCUGCCGUGUGGGCGACGCCUCCUGUCGGGAUCGUUUGACGGCAGCGUGGCACUCACUGAUGUGGAGACGGGUAAGACAGUGGUAAAGAUGGAGAAUGAGUUUAAGGUGGGCUGUGUCGCCCCUCGACCUUCUGACCCCGAUGUGUUCCUGUGUGGAGGCUUCAGUUCAGAGGUCAAAGCCUGGGACACUCGCUCCUGUAAGGUGUUGCGUGUGUUUAAGGCUGAUGUUCAGCAGACGCUCGACAUCUUGUUUCUGAGUGACGGAGAGUUUGUGAGCAGCACUGACGCUGUUAGUCGAGACUCUGCAGAGAGAACGCUCAUCGCCUGGGACUUAAACACCACCGCCAAAAUCUCCAACCAGAUAUUCCACGAGCGUUACACCUGCCCAUGUCUGACGUCUCACCCGCUGGAGAAGAGUUUCGUGGCUCAGACGAAUGGCAGCUACAUCGCCCUGUUUUCAGCCCAGCGGCCGUACAGAAUGAAUAAGAGACGGCGAUAUGAAGGACAUGAGGUGGAGGGAUUCGCGGUGCAUUGUGGGUUCUCUGCAGACGGACGUGUUCUGGUGUCGGGCAGCUCUACCGGUUCUGUUCACUUCUACGACUUUCAGAGUUCACGACCUCUGAACACGCUACAGGCUCACGAACAUGCGUGCAUUUGUGCCGCGCUGCAUCCCGUGUUACCUGCCGCGAUGGCCUCGUGUGAUUGGUCAGGACAAAUCAAAAUAUGGAAUUAAUCGUGUUUAUUGAUCACAGUUGAACUGUAUCUGCAAACUGAACAUUUCCAUUUCUGACUUAUUUCUUGCAGUUUCUCAGUGAUUAUCCGGAAUAAUCUUCAUUAUUAAUGAUCUCAUUAUAUCAGAAUAAGAUGAUGAACUGUCACUGAUGCAAAAUAAACCUGAAUGUCGCAGGAAAAAGAUGCGAAUAAAGCUGCGUUUCCUUCCAAGUUAUCAAGAGAACAAAAUAGUUUGUAUCAGUAGAAAACCUCAUGAUUGGUUGAUUGCCCUGCAGCGUCUCUCUCCUGCACCAAUGAGAGCGCUUGACGAUCAGAUAUAUGCUGGUGAUGUCACAGAUGUUCAUUAGAAUGACAUUAAAUGAGUCCAUUAUUCUUAUUUAUUUAGGAAAGAAAUCUACAGCAAAACAGAGACAUGCAUGAAACAGAUGAGCAGUUUUCCCUGGAGCAUUAGCAGGACGAGACCGCAGGAUUCCCAACACAGAAAACUUACAUGAUCAUGUUUAAUGCAGAUAAAUAUUGAGAAAUCACACGUGUAUGAUGCUGGUCCAUGUGUGUGGAAGAACGACAGUGAUGCUCGUGUAAAAACAUCUUUGAGGCACCUUCAGUCGAGUCUUCUGAGGUGAUCUGAGAUCAGCGGAGACUCAAAUACAGCAUAAACAUCUCAUGACUGUUCAUACUGUUAUAGUCAUUAUAGAUCAGGGGUGCCACACUUUAUUGUGUGAUGAUCUACUUUUAAAUGAGCAACUCAAUCAGAUCCACCAACUUAAAAACACAGUUUCAUUUAAAAUAAGAAAAUGCUUGUUGGGACUACUGCAUGUAUCCCUACAUGGAAUUCAUCUUCUAAUUAAUAAACAAAUAUAUAAUAAUGUUCAAUGUUGAUAUCAUUCAGUUUUAACACUAAA